AUGACCCGUACAAUUGUUAUCCUGGGUGCAUCCAUUUCUGGAUUAGCCAUUGCCCACAAGUUGUUGAAACAUUCAUAUCCUCAGCUGAAGGACAUCAAGAUCAUACUGAUCAAUCCUUCAGAUCAGUUGUACUGGAACCUAGCAUCAGUGCGAUACGUCGUCCCGGGCCAGUUCCGUGACGAGGAUCUCUUUCACCCAUUCCUACCCGGUUUCGAGAAAUAUCCCAAGGAGAGCUUCGAGUUUAUCCUGGGGACUGCGCAGAAAGUGGAUCCGUCAAGCAACACGGUCGUUGUCUCUGAUGGACAGACGAUCCAUUAUGAAUAUCUGGUUGUGGCUACUGGCGCCUCGUACAAGAAUGACAUGCCUUGGAAGCCAUUGAAAGAUUACCAGACGACAGUUGAAUCCGUGCACGAGCUUCAAAAGAAGGUUGCUGCUGCAAAGACUAUUGUUAUUGGAGGCGGAGGUGCCACUGGGUCUGAAGUGGCUGGUGAAAUCGCAUACGAGUACCACAAGAAAGGAAAGGAGGUAACUAUCGUGACGUCGAACGAGCGCCUUAUACCUAGUCUCCCAGAGCAUGUCUCUGAGAUUGCUGAGAAAGAGCUGGUGCGACUAGACGUCAAGAUCAUCCGCAAUACAAAAAUCACCGAUGCAUCUCCGACUCCGGACGGAAAGACGAAACUCACAUUCUCCACGGGGGAGCCUGAUCUGAUCGUGGAUCUAUACCUGCCCACCAUCGGAGAGAAAGCCAAUACAGACUUCUUACCGCUCUCUGUCGUGAAUGAGUCCGGCGAUGUGCUAGUGGAUGAAUUCCUGCGCGUCCGCACCACCGACAAUAUUUGGGCCGCCGGCGACGUAACGGGUCUCGAAUCCAAACAGGCCAAAUACGCAGAAGAACAGGCCCUCCAUUUGGCUCAGAACUUGGACAAUGUCCUUCGAGGGAACGAACCACUGCCCUAUGGCGCGAAUAGCAUGCGCGCCCUCGCAGUGACACUUGGUCGAUGCAAAGGCACAGGUAUUGCUGGCCGAUUCAGGAUUCCCAGCAUCGCUGUCUGGCUCCUCAAGGGACGGUAUCUGGGGUCAGAUAAGUUGAAGAGUAUUGCGAAUGGGGAUAGGUCCUUGGUGAAUACCCUUUAG